AUGGCCCGAAUCAGCGAAUGGCGCAAGCUGCCCGUCCUCAUUAACGAACUGUGCCUCGCCACCACCCUUCGCUGCGGGCAGUCCUUCCGCUGGCGUGAAUGCGACGACCAGACUUGGGCAUGUACACUCCGCGGUCGCAUUGUCCAAUUGUCUCAGCCCAACGAAUCGCACAUUCAGUACCGCUCGAUAUGGCCUGCAUCUGCAACUGCAGCCCCGACCCCUGAAGCGCCGAUGACCCCUCCUUCGUCCAUCCCACCGACCACAGUGGCAGAUGAGUGCUCAAGUACCGUAAUGGAGGGCGACGACGAUACCGGGUCCCUGAUCCAGCACUACCUCAACCUGGAGCCGAAUCUGGAGACCCUCUACGCUCAAUGGUCGGCGUCGGACGCCAACUUCCGCAAGAAGGCGCCCAUGUUCACGGGCGUGAGGAUUCUGCAGCAGGACGCUUGGGAAGCGUUGGUUGGUUUUAUUUGCAGCAGCAAUAACAACAUCAAACGAAUAUCGCAGAUGGUGGACAAGCUGUGCACACACUACGGGACAUACAUUGGCACACUGGAGGGUAGACCGUACCAUGACUUCCCCGAGCCGUCAGCGCUGACGGGCAAGAACGUUGAGAGCCAUCUCAGAGAGCUGGGUUUCGGCUAUCGUGCAAAAUACAUAUAUCAGACGGCCAAGAUCAUCGCCGGGGAUCGAGAAGUGGGCUGGCUGGAUACCCUUCGCAACCCCGAGUCUCCCGCCUACGGCACCACCAAGCCCUCACCUGCUGGCGAAAUGAAACCUGAAGGCCGCGACGGCUAUCGUCAGGCACAUGAGAGCCUCCUGGAGUUGCAAGGCGUGGGACCCAAAGUUGCUGAUUGUGUGUGUCUGAUGGGGUUGGGUUGGGGAGAGGCAGUGCCCAUAGAUACACACGUUUGGCAGAUUGCGCAAAGGGACUACAGACUGGGAAAGAGGAAAAACAGCAGUAUGACGAAGGGGACAUACGAUGAGGUCGCGAACCAUUUCCGGAAGUUAUGGGGCAAAGAAGCUGGGUGGGCGCACAGUGUGCUCUUCACAGCGGACUUAAGGGUUUUUGCCGAGAGACUUACGACAAGAGUGGAAGUCAAAGUCGAGAAAGGAGAAGGGGACCAAGGAGAGACGGGAGAUGAUGAGCAGCAGGAGGUUGUAAAGAAGAGGACCGCGCAACGGGUAUACCUCAAGCGGGAGCCUGAGCAGGAUGAGUCCAAGACAGUGAUGCACAUUGAAGAAGUAACCACGACAUCGAGGAAAAGGGUGGUCAAGCGGCAGCGACGUGAAUGA